AUGUCUGACAACGUGGGCCUGUCCACGCCCCGUGGCAGCGGCACCUCUGGCUACGUCCAGCGCAACCUGGCACACAUCAAGCCUCGCGAGUCGGCCGCGCCGUACCCCAAGGACUACGACAGCCUGCGCCACAGGCAGCGCCAGCCCGACAAGGGCAUCCUCGAGCACGACCGGAAGCGCGAGGUCGAGGUCAAGGUCUUUGAGCUGCGCGAUCGUCUCGAGGACGAAGGCGUCGACGAAGACGAGAUCGAGACAAAGUGCGACGAACUGCGAAAGACACUCCUCGCCGACAUGGACAAGGGCGGGCGCAAGAGCGAGCCGCCGCGGAAGCACUUCAAGAUGCACCAGGUGCACGAGCAGGCCGACGCCAAGAUCAAGGAGAGCGAGAGGUUACGGCGGGCGCUCAAGAUCAGCAAGGACUACGAAGAAGGCGGGCACUGGAGGAGGCAGGAAGAGAGGCUGAAGAAGUCUCUGGAGGAGGGGGAGGUCCAGAAGGGGGGCGAACGCGAUUGA